GCCGUUUCGUUUCUUCCGCAAACCAAUACUUAAUGGUGUAAGGCGAAAGUAUACCUCUCCUACAUGGAAGUCCAAUGCAGAUACUCCCAAAAUGCCGGAAUACACGAUACCCGAAAUCCCUAUCUUUCUCACUUUCGCCUCCUUUCUUUUCUUCAUCAACAUCGCCGAAUGGCUCGCCAAAUAUCUCAUCGAGGCUGGGCUGCUGGGAUCCAUCGUCGUAGGGAUAAUCUAUGGACCAGAGGCCGCCAAUAUUCUGCCGAUGGAUGCCCAAACUACCUUCCAGGUCAUUGGAUACAUCGGGCUCCUGCUUAUAGUCUUCGAGGCGGGGCUUUCCACCGACAUGUCUUUGCUCUAUAAGAAUAUCUGGCUAUCCCUCCUUGUGGCACUGACGGGCGUGGGCCUCCCCAUCUGCUUCUCGAUUCUCCUACUCAGUGUUGGAUUCAAGUACACGGCCCUGCAAGGUUUCGCUGCGGGUGCAUCAUUAUGUUCCACUUCCCUUGGCACAACGUUGGCUUUACUAAGUCCGGAGAUAACGAAGAUGAGGAUUGGUCAGUUGUUGUUGAGCGCCGCUCUCAUCGAUGACAUUGUGGGCCUAGUCAUUGCCGCCACUAUCUCCGAGAUUUCUUCGGUCGACGAGGUGUCCGUGUCCAUCAAGUGGCAGACCAUCGUCCGGCCUAUCGUGGUUUCGGUGGCAUUUGGGCUGUUCACUUUUGUCAUUUGGGUCCUACGCAUUUUGAUGUUCCGUCUAUGGGGUGACAGAUUACGCACCCCGCGUGCUCAGCUGUUCGUGGUGGUUUUCGUGCUUGCAGGUUACGUGGCUGGUGCAAAUUACUCGGGAACAAGUGAGCUGUUCGGAGCAUACCUUGCUGGCACGCUGCUCAUUCAUGUUUUCGCGCUAUCAUCGUGCGAGAAUUUCGAGGAUAAGAUAGAAGACCAUCAGAUUGUCACACCUAUCGAUGCGUUUACGAUCUACAUCAUACCCAUUCUGCAGGUGUUGCCAUCGCCCUUGUUCUUUGCGUCCAUUGGGGCGGCUCUCCCCAUCAGGUCACUGGGGUCAGUCCAUGGUUCUCAUCGGGUUAUACGGCGAGGCAUAAUAUAUUCUCUUCUUAUGGGCGUCGCGAAAGCUGCCGUAGGCGUCUGGAUGUUCGUCUGGCCCGACCGAGAAGGUGGUCCGCAUACAUUGACGAUCAUACAGUCUGCUACCUUGCUAGGCAUGGCAAUGGUGGCUCGAGGCGAGAUCGCCCUCGUCGUCGCCGAGAUUGCUCGACCGAUCCUAGGUGAUGAUGAGCCGUUUGCCGUCGUUGUGUGGGCUAUACUGCUCAACACUGUUGGAGGUGCCGUUGGCGUCGGACUGAUCUUA